CAUAUAAAAUAAAAGUGUAGGUGGGCUAAGCCUAAGCAUUGAAAUUUGAAGUAAUAGGAUCAAUUAUCAUCAUUGUAUCUUUUACGUAUUAAAGAAAACAUGUACAAUUACGAAGAAUUAAGUAUAAAUGAAAUCUUUGAUUUACUGCGCAAGUGGAGAGACAACAAUGAGAGGAAAAGUAAUGAGAUAAUGUCACUUUCAGAACGAAUUAUGGAUAACUUGGACAGCCAACCUAAUGAGAAGUAUUUAAUAUUGGAACAGUUGAUAAUGGCAGACUUAGACUGCAACUAUCCUAUGUUAGCAGCAAAAUGGAUUGAAAUGUUGGAUGCUGAUUUUCCUGACAGUUUGAGGGUCAUGAAAUUUAAGUCAAUGUGGUAUGAAGCACACGAUAAUUAUGAACAAGCAUUUGGCAUCCUGAAUAAAAUUAUUAAGGCUGAUGAAAUUAAUGCACCACCAGCAUUAAAGAGAUGUAUAGCAAUCACAAAGGCGAUGGGUAUGACAAAUGAAGCUAUAACAAAACUUGUGGAGUAUUUAAACCAGUUCAUGUCGGACAUGGAGGCGUGGCAGGAGCUGAGCGAGCUGUACCUCCAGGUGCAGGAGUACUCGCGGGCCGCCUUCUGCAUCGAGGAGCUGAUCCUGCAUCAGCCGCACAACCACCUGUUCCACCAGAGGCUCGCAGACAUACGCUACACCAUGGGUGGCGUUGAGAACAUGGAGCUAGCAAAGACCUACUACUGUCAGACGCUCAAGUUGAACCCCAACAACAUGAGGGCUCUGCUGGGACUUAUAUUGGCUGCCAACAAUCUGCUGGGGCACUACAAGUCCUCAGGUAGUGCCAAGCGCAAAGAGGUGUGGAAGCUGUGCCAGUGGGCGCAGUCUGAGGUGACGAAGCGACAACGCGAGGCUCAGGGCUCCAACGACAGUGCUCUUACCAGCGCCAUGUUGGCUCUCACUAUUGGCGACUGAUUUGUGUGUUGUUACCGGGCCUGGAGUAUUAAUAACCAAAGGAGAACGAAUUAUGAAGCAUACUGUGUUAAACUAAAAAUAAAAUCCGGAGAAACAAUGGCAAAAUAGGGAAUAUGCAUGAAAAUUUAACUUUUGACACAUUUGACACACAUGAAGCAAAAUUGUGACAUCACUUGCCACAUACGUUAUAAUAUGAUUUAUCGGCGUUGAUAUUUGCAUUGUGACAUAACUUUUUUUUUGUGAAAAAUAGUAUUUUAAAUAUAUUUUUCUGUAAUAUUUUCCAUUAGCUAUUAUCAGCAUAGCAGUAGAAUUUUUGCAGUGACAUGCGGGUACAUUACUCCAGUGCUGUGUAUAUUAAAUAUUAUGUGUGUAUUAUAUUAUUUUUACUUGGAACUAAUUUAAACUCUGUUACUGUUGUUCGAGACUAUUUUAAAUCAGAAAUUUGCUAUCAAUAUAGUUUAAAUUGUUUUUAUCAAGGAACACGUAGGGUUCUUUCUGUACCAUUAUGGAACUAUAUAUUUUAUUAUAUUUUUAUUUGCAAGGCGGCCAUUUUGCAGCGCCAUGUUGGUUUUCAUUAUAUCGGCUCAAAUAACAACAUUGUAAAAAUUUCUGAUGUCAAACUGUUGUCUCAAUAUAUUCUAUGGUUUUCAAAUGACCAUAAACAAUUCCACUGUAUGUUUAAGUUUGGUACAAGGUUGGUUUAAAUGUAUUUAUUGCGUUAUAUGGUGUACCAUUUAUUUAAUUAAUUCAAUUGUAAAUUAAGUUAUAUGGUUUAAAGAUUUUAUUAAAAUGUUUGAAUAUACUUUAACUGAAUAAAAUCCUUAAGUUAAA